AUGUAUUUCAAACAAAUCCUCGUAACCUCCCUCCUAGCCCUCCUCAGUGGCUCCGUUGUCGCUCACGGCCAAUACGGCGCUGUUCCCAGCCAAUCCAUGGCCCCCGAGUCCUCUACUGGCCACAACUCCUCCAUGGCGUCACAGUCAUCCAACACCACGGCUGGCACCUCAUCCAUGGCACGGACUUCCUCAGUGCAAUCUAACUCCACGGCUGGCACCUCAUCCAUGGCACGAACUUCCUCAAUGGCACCUAACUCCACGACAACUACUUCGGGCUCUUACACCUCCACUCCAUCCACCCUGAGCUCGUCUAUGAGACCUACUUCCUCCAAUGCUACCUCCAGCGACUCUGGCGUGCUCGGCGGUCUUCUGGAUAACAAGAAGCUGAACCUCCGUGCUGAGCCGGGUCCGAUGGACGAGUUUACUCGUGCUAUGCCAUCUGGCGAUUAUAGCCAGCCUGCGGCGCAGCCUGCUGCUUAUCCUACCAAUUAA